AUGUCUGAAAUUGAAGCGGCCAAUAAGGCCUCUGAGGCGGCUUCGUCCUCGAAGCCCAAGCCGGAGAGAUUGCCUGUCACUGUGUCUAAACCCACCCCGUACACUUUUGACCUGGGCCAUCUCCUCGCAAAUGAUCCAAACCCUAUUGAGACAUCUCGCUUGGGCCCGCUGAACACGUCCUUGAAGGCCACAGCUCGCGAUGGCGUGCAGUCUCUCCUAAAUCAACUAUUGACGACCUGCCCUAUUACUUCUUCCCAACAAGGUGUUCUCCUAACGCUCCCUUCUCCUUCAACUAUCCUUCCUCGUCAUAAGCCGUUGCCGAAGCCCAAACAACCAACCAAGUGGGAGCUGUUCGCGCGCAAGAAGGGCAUUGGAAAGUAUAGUUCGAAACCUGGAGCUGCACAGGCAGACAAGGAGCGCCGAAAGAAGCUGGUAUAUGAUGAAGAAAAGGGCGAAUGGGUGCCACGUUGGGGCUAUAAGGGAAACAACAAAGCCGACGAUGAUUGGCUGGUCGAGGUGAACGAGAAGGAUUGGAAGAAUGAGGAAGAUGCUGCGGUUAAAGGAAGCUCGAUCCGUGGUAUGUCGCGCGCCGAGCGGAAGGACAGGAUACGUCGGAACGAGAGAAAGAUGCGAGCCAAUGAGCGGAAGUCAAGGGGUGCUGGGAGCGGAUGA